ACCCGCUGUAUAUUCCCUAACACGGUCAAUCGUUGUUAAGAGUGUCAGUCUGCCUUCUCUCGUCUCGACGACUGCUUUCGCUUCCGAAGCCCAUGGUCGCAGCACGGUGACCGACAACACUCAAAACGAGCUCAAAGUGCAGUACAGCGAACUUCGCAGAGUUCUUCCUUCUCAGCUGCAGCGGUUUAAUUCGCUCGUGCUGGCAAGAUUUGCUGAUGUUAUCUUUAAAAAGUUAAAACCUUCCGAGGAGUGUCAAUGGAAGUGAAUGUAUCUUCAAGUUCGCGUCAGUUAAGAUACUGUAUCGUGUUCUUGCUCAAAUUGACUGAAUACGGUUCCACCCAAAGCUUGCCCCUUUAGGAUUGAGCUUGAGAGGAUCGAGAUGAGUAAUGGCUGCCUCGUCGUUUAAAAGGGACUGGCUCUCAUAACAAGUUCUGGGGUUUUGAAUUGUGCUCUUGGAUACUUGCCAAGAUCAUGGCUUUGGGUGUGAUGAUGUUUCGGUUUCGAGUUUAAGCGAGCAGGGAGCACCAGGGAUAACCAAUUGGUUAAUGGGUGUGUACGUGAAAGGGGGUUGAUUUAUAAAAUGGUCUCCUUCUUCGGAGUCGUCGUUUGGUUUUAUGGUCUAGGUUGAAUUUUAUUUGCAGACAUCAGAUCCGUGCCUCGUGAGGCUGUCUUUCCUUUGUUGAUAGCUACUUAUUCCUUUAAUUUUUCAGGUCGUGGGAUUUCGGACACCUCUGUUGUAGGAGUAUAAGCAGAAGAACUCAUCAGCUCUGUUACUUUGGAAACUAAUUGAAUAAAUAAAGAACUUGGAGAUUGCUGCUUUUGAUCUUAAGGUUUUGUUUUUGUAAAAAUGAGGAGGCUGCUGUUCAUCACUGGCAUAUUCAUCACAGCUUUAGUUGUGUUUCAAUACUCCACACUCCCUCAUUGGAGAACAGGAUUUGAAUUUGCCAUCGGGGGAGGUGUUGGUUCGACAGUUGUGGUAAUGAGCAAUGCCACCAUCAUGGACAACUCGAAAUCACCUGACUCUUACAUAUUGCAUGAGGAGUCUGAUGAGGUUGCUGGCUCUGAUUUGGAGGAAAAGAGCGGCUCUCAGAAUAUUGGAGUGAAAAAUUCGGACAAGGCUCAUAGGAACUCACGUGACAUUUUCUCACAUCAUAAAAGUAGCAACUUGAAUGAAAACUCCAUAUCUAUGAUGAGUAUCCGCUAUGAGAAGGAUUUGCAGACUGGAAACAAUGACAAUGUAAAUGCUGCGUCUACUGUGGAGGAGAGUACCAACCUGAUUGCCAUUUCAAGAGAGGUAGAAGAUGCAGGAAAAGACAUUGUGUCAUCUGCAGAUUUUGCUUCUCUACCACUUUUACCAGCUAAAUUUCCUGCACAGGGUGUACCAGAUGAGGAUGCAGAUUUAAGAUCUAUCUCAGACUUUCAGACAGAUUCCUCCAAUAUAAGCAAUUUCAGAAGUCCAACCAAGGGAGAAGUGAAGAGAAAUGCCAACAAGCUACGAGUUGUAUCUGCGACCCUUGAUGACAAGUCUACAAUGGCUAGAGCAUUGAAGAGGUUAAACGUGAAGCCUAUGUUAUUAUCAGACAUGAUAUCUAUGUUGAGAGACAGUGCUGGUUCUUCGAAUUCCUUGCGACCAAGACAGUCUUCUGUCCGCGAUCGCGAACUUCUAUAUGCAAAGUUAGAGAUCCAGAAGGCUCCUAUUAUGGCCGAUACUGCGGGGCUCAGAGGUUAUGUUUUCAGAAAUAUUUCCCAGUUUAAAAGGAGCUAUGAAUUGAUGGAGAAAAUGCUUAAAGUUUAUGUCUACCGGGAAGGAGAGAAACCCAUAUUUCAUCAGCCAAAGAUGAGGGGAAUAUACUCCUCUGAAGGGUGGUUUAUGAAACUAAUUGAGGGAAACAAGAAAUUUGUUGUGAGGGAUCCAAGAAAAGCACACCUGUUUUACCUGCCCUUUAGCUCACGAAUGCUAAGGAACACACUAGAAAAUAACAACUCACAGAGUCACAGAGAUCUAGAGGGUUAUCUCAAGAACUAUGUCAAUCUGAUCUCUGGUAAAUAUCGCUUCUGGAAUAGAAGCAGAGGAGCGAAUCACUUUCUUGUCGCUUGUCAUGACUGGGCACCCAAAAUAACCGGACAACCUAUGGGGAAUUGCAUUCGAGCUCUCUGCAAUGCGAAUGUCGCCAGAGGAUUCAAAAUUGGCAAGGACACUACUCUGCCAGUGACAUAUGUGCGCUCAGUGGAGGAUCCUGUAAGAGAUAUCGGUGGUAAACCCCCCUUAGAACGAUCUUUCCUGGCCUUUUUUGCAGGAGGCAUGCACGGUUAUCUCCGGCCAAUUCUGCGCCAUUACUGGGAGAACAAGGAAGCAGACAUGAAAAUCUUGGGGCCAAUGCCUCGUGAUAUCGAUGGCAAAAGAGCUUAUCGGGAAUACAUGAAAAGCAGCAAGUACUGCAUUUGUGCCAGAGGUUAUGAAGUUCACACACCCCGCAUAGUUGAGGCCAUUUUCUACGAGUGCAUCCCUGUUAUAAUAUCAGACAAUUAUGUGCCUCCUUUCUUCGAGGUUUUGAACUGGGAGGCAUUCUCCUUGUUUGUGAAAGAGAGUGACCUUCCAAAUUUGAGAGACAUCCUGCUAUCCAUUCCUGAAGAAGAGUACCUGCGGAUGCAGAUGGGAGUUAGAAUGGUGCAGAAGCAUUUCAUUUGGCACAAAAAGCCCACCAAAUACGACUUGUUUCACAUGGUUCUCCACUCAGUAUGGCACAACAGAAUCUUUCAGCUAAAAGCCAGAUGACGCACUAACAUUUUGGCCUUCUGGUACAGCCGAAGCGGGUACCAACAACAGACUACAAAGUACUUGAUCAGCCAAGGAAACAAGAUUUGGUUCUUCAAGAGACUGGAAAGUCAAUAAUCAAGAGAUGAAGAUCGUAUUGGGGGUCAUAUGCCUUAAUUAGCCACUGUGCCUUAGCUCGUGAGCAUUGAAUCGUGGCCGUUAAAGACGUGGCUUUCACAGGAUUUGAAUUAAUCUGCAGGCACAUGAUUGAUUCGUUCUGCUGUCCUCUUUUCUCAUCUGGAGCGUGGAAUCCUUAGUUUACUUUUGAUUUGAUCGAUGACCACGGAUUUUGUAAAUAUGAUACCGUAAUUGAAGACUGCUAUUCUGGAAGGAUCGAUUAACAGUCCAGUUGCUUGCGGAGAAUCGCAGGGACGGACAGACAGUGUGCUAGCGAAAAGUAUUGGUGAUUCUUCUGUGCUUUCUAGCUGAAAUGAAGUAGUCUUUCAUGUGAA